ACUCUUGACUUCCAACUUUGUUUUCCAAAUUUCCACAAUACGACUUUACAUAAAUACCUACUCUCCUUGUCUCCCUAGCUCUCUUGUUUCAUCAAACACAUAUAUUUCUAAAAAUAUAUUAUUAGAUAAGAUGAAUAUGAAGGUGGUGAGUUUGGCAUGGGUGUGUUUAGUGACAAUUAUGGUUACGAAAGAAACCGAGGGGAGGUUCGUGGUGGAAAAGAGUAGUAUAAGUGUUCUUUCACCAAGUGAUCUUCAGUCUAAACAUGAUGCUGCUAUAGGCAACUUUGGAGUCCCUGAUUAUGGUGGCUCCAUGGUCGGCUCGGUUGUUUAUCCUAAGAAACCAAUGUCGGUUUAUGGUUGUUCGCAGUUUGAAGGGGAUAGACCGUUCAAGUCCAAGUCGUCUUCUCGGCAUACUAUUCUUCUUCUUGAUCGUGGAGAAUGCUACUUUGCUUUAAAGGCAUGGAAUGCACAACUAGCAGGUGCUGCAGCUCUAAUAGUAGCCGAUACCAUAGAUGAGCCUCUCUUAACGAUGGACUCACCAGAGGCCAGCUCAAUCGCCGACGACUUCAUAGACAAGCUCUCAAUUCCAUCUGCAUUAAUACACAAAUCUUUUGCUCAGUCCAUAAAAGAUGCUUUGCAAAAAGGUGACCAAGAAGUCCUAUUAAAACUCGACUGGUCAGAGUCUUUACCUCACCCAGACAAGAGGGUCGAGUAUGAGUUAUGGACCAACAGCAACGACGAGUGUGGGGUCCGUUGUGAUGAUCAAAUGAACUUCAUCAAAAAUUUCAAAGGACAUGCUCAAAUAAUGGAGAGAAAUGGUUACACUAUGUUCACCCCUCAUUACAUAACAUGGUACUGUCCUAAACCGUUUGUUUUGAGCAAUCAGUGUAAGUCUCAGUGUAUCAAUAAUGGACGAUAUUGUGCACCGGAUCCUGAGCAGGAUUUUGGAGAAGGGUAUAACGGGAAGGAUGUUGUUUUCGAGAAUUUAAGGCAGCUUUGUGUACAUCGAGUUGCUAAUGAGACCAACAGGUCUUGGGUGUGGUGGGAUUAUGUGACAGAUUUCCAUAUCAGGUGUUCCAUGAAGAAAAAAAGAUAUAGCAAAGAAUGUGCUGAAGAUGUCAUCAAGUCUCUUGGACUUCCUAGUGAAAAGAUACAAAAAUGCAUGGGUGACCCUGAAGCUGAUGUUGAGAAUGAAGUACUAAAAUUCGAGCAAGAUUCACAGGUUGGACGAGGAUCGCGUGGUGAUGUAACUAUCUUGCCAACCUUGGUGAUUAAUAAUGUUCAGUAUCGAGGAAAACUGGAGAGAACUGCUGUAUUACGAGCCAUAUGUGCAGGAUUUAAGGAGUCAACCGAGCCUCCUAUAUGCUUAAGUGCAGAUCUUGAAACAAACGAGUGUCUUGAAAGAAAUGGGGGUUGUUGGAUCGACUCAAAGAAUGGCAUAAGUGCUUGCAAGGACACUUUUAGGGGGAGAGUAUGUGAAUGCCCUACGAUUAAUGGUGUGCAAUAUAGAGGAGACGGAUACACAUCUUGUGAAGCCUUUGGAGCUGCAAGAUGUACAGUCAACAAUGGAGGAUGCUGGUCUGAUAUAAGGGAUGGAAAGAAAUUUUCAGCUUGCUCGGUGUCUAAUAUCACUGGUUGUAGUUGUCCUCAAGGUUUUUUUGGAGAUGGGCAUACUUGUAUAGAUAUCGACGAGUGCCACGAAGGUAUAGCUUGUAAAUGUGAUGGCUGCAAGUGUAAGAACACUUACGGUGGAUACGACUGCAAAUGCAAAGGGGACAAACUAUAUAUUGCAGAUCAGGACACAUGUAUUGAACGAAAGGCUUCAAAGUAUGCUUGGUUCAUUAGUUUAUUGGUACUUGGAGUGGUCGCGAGUGCUGGUUUAGCGGGCUACAUUUUCUAUAGAUACAGACUAAGGGCAUACAUGGACUCGGAGAUAAUGGCAAUCAUGUCUCAGUACAUGCCUCUUGACAACCAGCACCAAAAUCAAGUGGUAAAUCACGAAAACGAACCUCUGCAUCAAACAUCAACCGUAUAAUUUACUUACAGAAGUACCUGCAAUACGAGAUAAUUUUGAGAGCACGAAGGAUAUGAUGGGAGUUACGGGUGUAUAUAUAUAGUUAGUCAGUGAGGUGUAACGUUUUAUUAAAAAGGCGAUAUGACUCUUUAUACAUAUGUUUAAAAUCCGAAAAGGGGAAUGUAUGAUAUGUCACAAAAACAUAGAUACAAGUUGUGGUAUUGGCUUAUAUGGGACAAUAUUGUACAUGAAAGAUAAUCAACUAGAUGGACCAUAUAACAAAAACCAUGAUUCUAUAAGAUUAUGAAAUUGAAACAUAUUUAUCACCUA